GCGUAUGGUCGGUUUUACUUCUUGGUUUUUCAAUAUGUGUGCAAUGCAAUGCAACUUAUCUUUCCGGUGUUGAGAUCAUUUAAUCGUGUGCUUCGUGUCAACAGUAGCUUAAUAUUGUCCAAGAUGUCUGAAUCAACUGAAAAAUUGAGUAAGAAUGAGCUUAAGCGACGUCUUAAGAAUGAACGUAAGCUUAAGGAGAAAGCUGAAAAAGAGAAACAAGCCUCGGAAAGUGCGGUGAAAACUGUGGAUAAGUCCAAGACUGGAGGUGAUGCUGCCGCCACAAAUGAAGAUGAAAUGGAUGAGAACGAAUUUUACACUUUACGAACUCAAAUGGUUAAUAAUCUAAAAGCCAAAGGAGAUAAUCCGUUUCCUCAUAAAUAUAAUGUUACUAUUUCGCUAUCCGAAUUUAUUGAAAAAUAUUCAAGUCUAUCAGAUGGUCAAGUUUUGGAGGAUCAAAAAGUGAGUGUAGCCGGCCGUAUCCAUGCUAAACGCGAUUAUGGAGCGAAGUUAACUUUUUACGAUCUCAGAGCUGAAGGAGUAAAGAUUCAAGUUAUGGCUAACGCUCAAUACUAUCCAUCUCAGGAAGCUUUUACUGAAAUUAAUGGUAAAUUGAGACGAGGAGACAUGAUGGGUUGCCUUGGUCAUCCUGGUAAAACAAAGAAAGGAGAAUUAUCUUUGAUACCAACAGAAAUGACAUUGUUAACUCCUUGCUUGAGGAUGCUGCCCCAUCUUCAUUAUGGUCUUAAAGAUAGAGAAACUAGAUACCGAAUGAGAUUCUUGGACUUAAUGUUGAAUGAAUGGGUUAGGCAAAAGUUUAUCACUCGAUGCAAAGUGAUUCGUUAUAUAAGAUCUUUCUUGGACCAACUUGGUUUCCUUGAGGUUGAAACACCGAUACUUAACAUGCAACCUGGAGGGGCCACAGCCAAGCCAUUUAUAACUCAUCAUAAUGAGUUGGAUAUGGAUCUUUUUAUGCGCAUUGCUCCUGAAUUGUUUCUCAAAAUGUUGGUUGUCGGAGGAAUGGAUCGUGUUUACGAAAUCGGCAGACAAUUUCGUAAUGAAGGGAUAGACUUAACACAUAACCCAGAAUUUACUAUGGCUGAAUUUUAUAUGGCUUAUGCUGAUUACAACGAUUUGAUGUCAAUUACGGAAACUAUGUUAAGUGGGCUUGUUAAAUCAGUUCAUGGAUCAUACAAGAUCACUUAUCAUCCAGAAGGACCUGAUGGUCAAUCGGUUGAGAUUGAUUUCACUCCCCCUUUUAGACGAAUUAAAAUGCUUCCAGAUUUGGAGAAAUGUCUGGGAGUUAAAUUCCCUGCUUACGAUACUUUGGAUUCAGAUGAGGCAAACAAAUUCUUCUCUGACCAGUGUCUUAAGCAUGAAGUUGAUUGUGCUCCACCUCGAACCACUGCUCGGUUAAUCGAUAAAUUAGUUGGUCAUUUUAUUGAAGUCCAAUGUAACAAUCCGACUUUUAUCACUGAUCAUCCAGUUGUUAUGAGUCCAUUAGCUAAAUAUCAUCGGGAAAAUCCUAGUUUAACUGAACGAUUUGAACUGUUCGUGGGUCAAAGAGAAGUAGUCAAUGGUUACACCGAGUUGAAUGAUCCUAUUGUCCAAAGACAACGAUUUGAACAACAAGCUAAAGCUAAAGCUGCUGGUGAUGAUGAAGCUCAGUUGGUUGAUGAAACUUUUAUCACUGCAUUGGAAUAUGGUUUACCUCCAACCGGUGGAGUAGGUAUAGGAAUCGAUAGAUUAUCUAUGUUCUUGACAGACUCUCAUACAAUUAAAGAGGUCCUCUUAUUCCCAGCUAUGAAACCCGAUGAAACCAAAAAAUCAGAUGAACCAAAAGACGGCUCCUCAGCAUCACCUUCCAAAUCCAAGGAAACUAUUCAAAAAAAGUAAACUCUUGUGCAUCUAAAGAGGCUCUUUUUUAAAGAUAACCAAAGCUUAAAAAUUUGAAAAAUUAGGUUUGAAUAGUAAUUAUUUAUAAAUUAUGAAUAUAUGUUAAUGCUCCCGGUUUUUCUGUCAAAAUUAAAUGUUUUUUUCUUGCA